AGGCGGAAGCUGGCCCUGGGAGGCUCUCCGGCGCAUGCGUGCAGGCGCGUGGUCCGUCCGCAAUUCCGGUCUCUUCCGGUCGGCGGGGGCGUGUGGCUGAGGCAGCCAAGAUGGCGGCGACGGCGGCGGGGGGCGGCCCCGUGGAGGUGGCGCUGGUCUCGGUGGCCGAGGCCGGGUCCGCCUCCUCCUCGUCGUCCUCCUCGGCUCUGCCCGGGGGCUGCUGGUGCUGGGCGUGGGAGGUGGGCUCUGGCGUGCCAGUGGCCGGGUACCGCGGCGGGGGUAGCUGCUCGCCCCACGGGCUGGCGCUGCUGGGCGGGGAGCGGCUGCUGGGGGCCCAGCUGGGCAAGUCCUGCCUCGGCGCCUGGGAGCUCCAGAGGAAGGACCAGCUGCAGCAGAAGAUCAUAUGCCCAGGGGUGGUAACCUGUCUGGCCGCUGCUCCCAAUGGUCUCUAUGUUUUGGCAGGUAUCGCUGAAAGCAUCUACCUCUGGGAGGUCUCCAGCGGCAAUCUGCUCGCCAUUCUGAACAGACACUACCAAGACCUCUCUUGCCUGGCCUUCACAGACGACAGCAGCCACUUCCUCUCGGGGGCCAAAGACAGUCUUGUCAUUGUGUGGAAUCUCUCCAGCGUGCUGCAGGCUGAACACUCCCCAAACCCUGAGCCCCGUCAUGUGUGGACGCGGCACAGCCUUCCCAUCACAGACCUCUGCUGUGGCGUCGGGGGCCCUGUGGCACGUGCUGCUACCGCUUCCUUGGACCAAACUGCGAAGCUUUGGGAAAUCUCCUCUGGAGGCCUCCUCCUGUCUGUCGUCUUUGACGUGGGGAUCAUGUCGGUAACCCUUGACCCUGCCGAAUAUGGCCUCUUCUGCGGCGGAAUGGACGGCUCCAUUUUCCACGUGGACCUGUGCAGCUGGCCCGUCCAAAGGGAGAGGAACUUCCAGACGGAGCGAGAGAACGGGAAGGUCUUCAAAGGGCACAGGGACCAAGUGACCUGCCUCUCGGUCUCCACCGAUGGGAAUCUGCUGCUCUCCGGCUCCAACGACGAAACCGUCCGGCUGUGGGACAUCCAGAGCAAGCAGUGCAUACGGACGAUAAAUUACAAAGGGAUCCGGAGCGAGCUAUUUGGAGAAAGCCGAGCGGCUGUAUUCGCAGAUGUGCUUGACCAGAGAGAAGACCUUGCUGGAAGACCAAGAGCAGCUGAAGAUCCAGCUGAUGGAGCUGGAGGAGGAGGUCAGCACCCUGCGCAAGGCCAACAAGGACCUCUUCCACUUCUCCAGCCGCAUCCUCACCAAGCCGGGCAAGUGAAGCCCCUCCCGAAACCCGACCUGAGGGACAAGAGGGUAGACUCCUUUCCGCUCCGGCCCAAGGCGAAAGCUGCGCUUCUCCCUGGCUCUUUUUACAAAACACCUCCUCGCUUGUGGCCUGCCUUGAGUGCCGGGUCUCUUCAGUGCAGGGAGGCGGCGUUGGUGCCACGCUGGGUGCUGUACGCGCAGGUCUCUCGUCUGUUCUUCAGGGUGCGUCGUCGGACCCCUUGCCAAGAAGCCACUCGGGGCGGACCGGGGGCGGUUUCAGAGGCCAUCGCCGAAAACCUGGAGAACUGCCUUCCACCACCGUUCUGCAGUCACGCUCUGUGAAUGACCUACCUCAGAUUCUGUCGUGCCAGAAGUCCUCUUGUUUACUUUUGUGCAUUGGAGAUAUUUUCUUUUUUUAAAAAACAACAAUCCCAACUUGUUUGCAUA